UUCCAAGAUAUUGCCAACACAAAACUUUAUAUCUAAGGAAGUAUCGCAAAUAUGAAUCCAUUAAACGCAUUACUCACAAUUUAUUCAAGUAUAAACAUCACCUUUUCCCAAAUCAAGCUUCGAUUCUCUGAAAUACUCAUGUUUAAUAAGAUGAUCAAGAUUCUUAGGCCAGAUGGCCGAAAGUUCAUGAUCUCCUCUUUCUUCUGCAUAAUUGUCCUCUGCAUAUUAGCUUCUAUCAACGAAAUCCGCUUCGAAAAUAUAUUAAAAUUCAGCAGAUGCACUCUUUCUCUGCCUCAAAGUUCCCCUGAUUCUGUAGAGCUAUUAGCAUCUUCUCCCAACGAUAUCCGAAUUUUACUAGGAAUCUUAACACUUCCUGAUCAGUACAAUCGUCGUCACUUUCUCCGUCUCAUCUAUGGCACGCAAUCAAGACCAGCAGGUACUCAAGUUGAUGUAAAAUUUGUGUUCUGCAACCUCACGAAAGAGGACCAGAAAGUCCUAGUUGCCCUUGAGAUAAUGCUUUACGACGACAUAAUAAUCCUGAAUUGCCAAGAAAACAUGAACAAAGGUAAAACUUUCACCUUCUUUUCUAGCUUACCCGAAAUUUUUAGCAGCAAUGAUUCAUCAGUACCUUAUCCGCCUUAUCAUUACAUCAUGAAAGGCGACGAUGAUACGUAUUUUAGAUUAGAGAGCCUAGUGGAAUCUUUAAGGCCAUUGCCUAGAGAAGAUUUGUAUUAUGGUUAUGUUAUUCCAUGUCCAAGUAUGGACCCUUUUGUGCAUUAUAUGUCUGGUAUGGGAUAUCUGAUUUCAUGGGAUAUAGCUGAGUGGAUUAGAGAUUCGGAUAUACCAAGGAAUCAUUUGGAAGGUCCAGAAGACAAAGUCUUUGGAGAUUGGAUGAAAGAAGGGAGAAGAGGGAAGAAUAGAUAUAAUGCAAAGUGGUCCAUGUACAAUUUUCCGGUGCCUCAUACAGGGUGCACUCAUGAGCUUUGGCCUAAUACGGUGGCUGUUCAUCUUUUGAAGACUCAGGAGAAGUGGAUCACGACGUUAAAUUAUUUCAAUGUUACAAGGGAUUUGAAGCCCUCCAAAUUGUAUCAUAUUCCAUAGGUACAGUUAUACUACCAUACUCUGAUCUGUAUUUUUUUUUUUUUCAUAUCUAAUUUGCGAAUUUGUGACAGUGAUUUUAAUUUGUCAACUGAACAAAUAAUUACUUACAGCUGAUUUGUAGACCCCUCUUUAGUUUUAGUAACAUCUGAAAAUCUGGAUUUUUAUAGAACUCUUAUCUUCAAUGACAAGUAAAUCUAUGAACAAUCACUUCUCA